ACAGCUUGAACGAGGCUUAAGGGCUGCCUGUUUCGCAGCCAAGAGAUUCUAGACAGUCGCAGCACACAAUCGAGUAGUUUACCGAACUUUGCUCACCCUAGAAUUCGGAUAAAAGCCCAGGUCCUCCUCCUCAAGUGUUGACAGAAGGGGGACUCGAGUGCCUCAACCUCACGAGUCUCCAGCAUCCAAAGUUACCCACAUCACAAUGAGUUCCUCCAUCGACGAUCUCGUCCAAAACAUCCAGUCCCUCACAGUCUCGACAGAGGCUGAGUUGCGGCCGGACUACCUACCUUUCAGGCCCAAUGAUACAACCCAGAAUUCCAUUCUCAAAGGGCUCAGCGACGUACCCCCUUUCCUCUUUCGGGUCCUUACACCCCAUCUCGCCGCGAAGCUCGACAACACCAACAGUUGGGCUCUCUCGCUGGACGCUUCCCUCGACCACAGGCCGGAUGCCCCCACGCACAGCCAGCAGGAUUUCCUCUCGCUUGACUGCGAGGAGGCGGCCACUUCUCUUUACGAACAGCUCAACUGGAAAGUGCACAAUCGCGAGCGGUGGAACCUGGUGUCGUGGACAAGCUCGCUACUCUUUGCCCUCCGCUACAUGUUCUAUCUCGCCAAAGACCCCGACCACGACGAAAUGCCCGCCCCUGCAGAUAUCCGGCUGUGCAUCGUGCGCACCGACGGCCUCCCACCCGGCGUGUUCGUCCGAGACAUGUAUCUUAUCGACCACUACGCCCGCCACCACCGCGAGCUCCGGGACGACCUGCAGAACUGGCGAGGGGUCGACAGGCGGGGGGGCGGCCGUCUCUACUUUGGCGAGUACCUGUCCCAGGGGGCGCUCAGGAUCGGGGGGAGGUCCACUGUCGUGUCGGCGCAGGACAUGGUCGAUCGUGGUCUGCUGGACUUGAUGCCAGAGCUGGACGAGAAUCGCGAUCGGGAAGGGAAGCUCCGGUGGGCGAGGUGGGUUCUGGAUAGGCGCACGUGCUGGCUGUCGACAAUCAACGGGCUCCUUCCUCCAAACCUGGGGCCGGACGAGGAAAAGAACAUCGUGCGCAACAUCGCGUCGCUGUUUCCCGGCUUCGAGCUGCCCAUCGCGGCCCACCUCCUGUCCCUGAAACCGAGACAGCCCAAAGAGCAGAGCCUUGUCAGAUGGCUCAAAAGUUUGGGGCCUGUCCCCAAUUUCUACACCAAAGAGAGGCCUUUCUACAUCACCCCGCCGCCGCCGCCGCAACGGCAGCACUUGGACCGGAAGAUGCCCGAGCUAGUGCAGUUCGAGGUUCUUAUGCUCAGCCUCGCCAUCUUGGAUCGCAAGGAAAAGAAGAUCCAGGAGCUAAAAGCAAGGGGUAUUCCGCUGCGCUGCGUUGAUAUCAGGAAUAGCGACAUCCCGGACGACACUAUGCAACGAAAUCCGUUUCUCUAUGAGAAGAUACGGACCCAUACCAUAGCAGAAUGGAACUUGGACGAGAUGGAUGAGGCGAAUAGAGUUCUCGACCGGCCGGAGGGGAUGGGUGUAGCAAAGCUAUGCUAUGACUGCGGCACGCCUCACGAACGUCUGUAAUUAGUGGCCGGCAUUAGGCAGGCCACUUCGCAGAGAAUGGGCAGCUUCAAAGAACCCUUUUUGUGGGAAGGGUUUCGGUAAUGGCGAUCGGUUUGGCACAAGACGGGGAUUCGCAGAAAUCGCUGGCCAGGGAAAUAUGAAUCGAAUACUGAUUUUGCAUCUCGUCAAUCGUAUGUCAUUGCCAAAUGCGCCCAUUUCAAGAGAG